CCUUUGCCAGACUCUUACCAAACCUUGAUUUUCUACGCCUAGAAGUCUUCCGCCAUGAAGCUCCUCGUCGUUGCUCUGCUCCCGGUCCUCGUCGCUAGUGCUGCUGCACGAUCACAGCCGGAUGGGACGUUCGAAAAACGAGCGACACCCACAGUCUACCUCGCCGGUGACUCUACUAUGGCGAAAGGCGGCGGUGGAUCAGGAACUGAAGGGUGGGGCCAGUACCUCGGGUACUCCCUCAACAUCCCAGUCGUCAACGACGCCGUUGCGGGACGUUCUGCACGCUCGUACACCGAAGAGGGACGGUUCCAAACCCUCGUCGAUACCGUCAAGUCUGGCGACUUUGUUGUGAUCGAAUUCGGGCACAACGACGGCGGCUCACUUAGCACGACCGACAACGGGCGCACCGACUGUCCCGGAGACGGCGAGCAAACAUGUACCUCGCCUACCACCGGCGAGACGGUUUACACCUUCGUGUUCUACGAGGUGGAGGCGGGCAAAGCGCUCCAGGCGAAGGGCGCGAACGUCAUCUUCAGCAGCCAGACACCAAAUAACCCUUGGGAGUCGGGCACGUUCGAGUAUACCCCGUCGCGGUUCGUCGGUUACGCGCAGAAGGCGGCGAGCACCAUCGGCGCGGCUUACGUCGACCACGGGCAGUAUGUCGCGAAUCGAUUCCAGAGCCUCGGCCUUUCGACCGUGGACUCGUUCUACCCGAACGACCACACGCAUACGAGCCCUCAGGGCGCAAAUAUCGUGUCUGCUGCCUUUGUCAAAGGUGUGCUGUGUGCAAAUGAUGUACUGGCGGCGCAUGUCAAGAACACGACGAGUAGUGUACCGGGGUCUUGCAUAUGAUGUCCUAUUGUGCCACAUGCGAUAACAUAGCUGCGCCUGCGGGAUCCGGAUAUGUUGGAAGUUGAUUGUACGAUCUUCAUACCAUGACCAGAAUUCAUUUUUGUUCCAUGUUCAUCGCACUGCAUUCUACUUCAAGUGUCCAACGUGGGUGGAAACGCGAGUGAUCCGUAGAGGACUAUAUCGUGACCGAGAGUUCCCCUUGCAUCAUCGUGCGUAACACGCCGGGACUGCAAUGGCUCUGGGGCUGCUAUCUCCAGGGGGGCCAGUAUAUGCUCGUCUCCUCUUCAUCGGUGCAAACGCGGGGAACAGUUGAACACCACGACAUCCUGUCGUAGGCAUCAACUCCGAUGAAAAGCUCCUCAACCAUGUUACCCAGCCGAUCGCGAAUUUGUUCUUCCCAUGCUGAGUGCAACAUUCCAUCGUAGCCCACCAGCAGUCGCCGAAUCGGAUAGCCCGAGGAUAGACGAUGACAGAGUACCUCGCGGACGUCUGCGAGCUGCUGCGCUUGCUCUAGACGGACAAAAAGGGUCGUGAGAUAAGGUAGAGAUGUCAGGUUCGAUGCAGAUGCAUCUGAGUGCCACAAUAGCGCCAGGUCCUCGCGGUUGACAAGUGUGGCAUCGACGAGAAUCAGGGUAUGGACGUAAGAGAGCGUCGC